AUGCUGGAACCUUACAAGGACACCGUCAUGGACCUGUACAAACUUGUUUGCAUUGCUGUUACCCUGCCCGUCACCUCAUCAGCUUGUGAGAGGAGCUUCUCGUGUCUGAAGCUUCUCAAGACAUACUUGAGGAACAGCAGUGGAAACAACCGCACCAGCAACCUUGUUGUCAUUUCAGUUAACUCGAGGAGGCCCCCUACCCCUGAGGUGGUUCUGAAAUUUCACAACUGCACUCAGUCCCAACCAGGAGCAACCAGAGUGCACCAAGGGAAAGCAAAUGAUCCGGAUGUAGCUAGCACCCUUGUUCAUGGAAUUAGCGUUAAAUCUUCCCUUUCUAGCAGAAAUGUGAUACAUCCUCCAGAAAAGACUUUGUUCCAGCAAAAGUUGCAAGAGCUGAGUGAAGCAGUUUACUCCUCCAGUCAAAAAGCCCCACUGGGAAGGUCACAUGAUCAGUGUGCCAGACUUCCUACCUGGUACAAUCACAAAACUGUGUUUGGUGUGAAAACAAUUCAAGAUUUGAAUGCGCAUGAGCUCAUCAAUCCUUCCAAAACAGCUGAGGAGGUGGAAAGAGAGGCUCAGGAGGGACAUGAAGCAUAUGUUCGGAGCCACAAUAACUAUUUUGUUGGAGAGCAAAUCGAUAGGAAGUAUGACUGCAGUCACUACAAUAAAGACAGCAGGUUUGGGAUCCAAACGACUCAUUGUAGAGAUGGUUCCUAUCUUGCUAAAUCUCUCCACUGGGUGGGAGAGACACAGAAGAGUGAUAAUACAAGGAAUGCGCUGAACAGAUGUCUUUUUGCCAAAGAAAAGCUACAGUCACAGUUUGGAAAAGUGAACAGAGUGAAUGCAAAUGCAUUAAAUGUUUCGCCGGAUCACACCUUUGGAAUUUCCUCUGCUUCAGAUGGAUUUGGUGUUGCAGAAAUAAUCCACAGUUUGAAGCCAGGACAGUACACACGAGAACAAGAAAAGAGGCGCAGCAUGGUUAACGCCAUACGACACCAUCUAAAGGGGGUCAAUUUUCGCAACUUUACCUCUCUGCUGCAAGCGUUCAGACAUUAUGACAAGAAGAGGAAGGGAAUGAUUGACAAAGAGGACCUGCAGGAGGUGUGCUCCGACUUUGACUUGGAUGUAAGUGGGCCCGUCCUGGAUGACCUGAUGGAUUGCUGUGACACAAACAAAGAUGGAUUCAUCAAUUUUCUGGAGUUCUGUAAUUUCCUUAAUUGGAAGGACAAGAUGCCAUUCAAAACCUGGGAGCAAGGCAUCAUAACCAAUGAAUGUAAGAACAGCAUAGCUGCCCCCAACACAGAGAAGCCUGCAUCAGAAUUGACACAGCCUCCUCUUUCUGAGGCCUUAAUUCAGCCUGAAGACAUGGAACCUGUAAAGCCCGGCAGUCUGCUGAAGACAGCUAAGACCCUGAGGCGGCCCCAGACAGUUCCAGACUACUUCAACACCUCCUCAGUCAUUGCGGCUGUCGGCAAAAGACCAUCCAGCAGCCGUACCUGUGGGAUUCCCUCUGUACGCACUGACUUGCCGGUUCCACAGAUUAAGAGAUUCGGUAACACUACCAACUAUGGUGAUACAUCCACAGCAGCAAAGCUUCUGUACCCUUCAGUUUAUGCUCAGUGGGGUGUUCAUGACGAACACUUGUUCUGUCUGCGCAACAAGAAGGAGAUUUUAGAGAUAUUCAGGAAUGUGGGCAUGAAUGUUUCUGAAGAGGCAUUUGAGGAAGCCUGGAAACUGGCAACCAUGAGGAAUCCAACUGGAGAAGUUUCUGUGGAGGAUUUCCGCAAUGUUCUCAAGGAAAUGAUGGCAAUUUAAUGAGCAAAGGUGCUCCAUAAAAUUGCUGCAAUUUUAGAUAAAUAUUUAAUAGCAUUAACUUUUAGUUUUUUAUGGUUGUGCAGUAGCUGUUGUGCCACUUACGACACAUGAGGUCAGCGAAUGCAGCCUUGGGAGAUUACAGCUUUGAAUUGGGACAGAGCCCCCAUCUUCGUGCACUACUCACACCUGACAAAUGAUUAAUUCUGGUGUUUCCCAGCUCUUGACUGACUGAGCACAUCUGAAUGAGGCAAUUUGCUGUAGGUGGAGUAAGGAGACUUGGAAAACAUACAAGGCAGGUGAUUUCCAGUAGUAGGGUUGGAGACCCCUGCCUUGGAUGACCAAAACUCAUGAGUCCAGAGUUGUCUAAGACUAUAUAAAGAGAGCAAAACGUAGACACGCAUACAUAAGCAGGUACUCAACACAUGCACACACUGCUUAUCAUAUGACAAUGUAUUAUAGCAAUUAUAUGCGGAAAACUUAGCUGGAGUGAAUGACUGAGCUCUCUCUCUCUCUCUCUCUCUCUCUCUCUCUCUCUGUUAGACACGGACACACACAGAUCUACUGGUUCAGGUAACAUAUAUGACAUGUACAAUAGUAUUAAUAUACAACCUCCUUCAAAGCUGUUGCACUCACCAGUAAUAAAUAUAGGAUGUAGCCAGUGCAUGAACAAGAAUGGCAGUGUUGUUAGGUGUGAGAGACAGUUGGAGACAGGUAAU